AUGAAAUCCACCAUUGCGCUCGUUGCCCUCCUUCUUGUCGCUGCGGCGGAUGCAAACCUUGGGCCCAUCCACGUUACACGGGAGCAGUGCACGGAGCGAGGAGGUCAACUCAUCUCCAAGAAAGAAAAUGAUCAAGUCUUCCAACCAGGAUACAAAUGCGAGGAUUCCGAGGAACCACCCAUGAAGAUUGUGGACCCCUCUCCGAUCAAGAUGGUCGGCAGUGAGGAAGCCUGUUGUGGGGCAUCCAAGCCGGAGCCUCCAAUUGCGCGCGAGAAGCCAGAACACCAUUCGCGUGACUCGGCGGACACACCCAGCAAACUUCGAGCACAAGCCAGCACCGAGAGCGGAGCCAAGAUCGGACAGAGUGUCUCGGUCGUUGUCCCAAUUGUCAUGACGGCUGCCGCAGCAGUCUAUGCCCAUUUCAUCUAA